AUGGCUAUUGCUUCCCGUAUUUUCAGCCUUCCUGGCCUUACCAUCGCUGGGGCCGUUGAAUAUCUUGUAAUUGUCAAGUUACUGCCAGACUACUUCGGUUUACAGGAUGGGUUCACAGCCAUCGUCGGCACAAUCCUGGUCAACUAUGUUUUGGGAAUCGUAUUUUGGGCACUCUUGUAUCCCAACGUCUUCAGCCCUCUUCGGCGAAUCCCUGGGCCAAAAGCAAUCAUCAGCGCUGCUUAUCGGACCCUCCUCGUCAAAGAAGGACCUGCUGGAGACCUGUUCCUUGACCUAGUCAAACGGUAUCCGGAUCAAGAUUUGGUCGUCUUGGAUGCUUUCAGGCGGCAUAUCCUCGUCGCUAAACCUCGGCUGCUGGCCGACUUGUUUUCGCACAAAUGCUACGACUUCGCCAAACCGAGGAGGAUCGCUUCGUUUUUGCGCCUCAUCAUUGGGGAGGGCCUCAUCACCCUAGAAGAGGACAACCAUAAGUUCCUCCGUAAAAACACUUUGCCUGCUUUCCACGCCCGGCACAUUACGGAUCUGUACCCCAUGAUGUGGACCAAGGCCGGCAUCUUGACCAGAAAACUUCGAAGCGAGAUUGCCAACGACGCCACCAGUGAGUCAAAGGGAUCGGCCGUGCUCGAAUUGACUGGUUGGGCGAGCAAAGUCACUCUCGACAUCAUCGGCAUUGCCGGCAUGGGCCGUGAGAUAAACGCUGUGGAGAAAUCGAGCGAUCCUCUCCAAGAACUGUACGAGGAACUGCUGGAACCGGACCGGGAGAAGAUCGUCUUCUCCGCCCUAAACCUGGCUUUUGGCUUCUCCCUCAUCAGGUUGCUGCCGUGGAAGAUGAACAAGCUCUUUGUUUACUUGACCACAUCACUUGACAACAUCUGCAGAGAUCUGAUCAAGGAGAAGAGGCACGCAAUCGUCCAGAAGGAUGACGACCACUUCGACAUCUUGUCCCUUCUGAUCAAGUCCAACAACUUUGACGAUGAGGUCCUCAAAGACCAGCUUCUCACCUUCCUGGCUGCAGGUCACGAAACCACAGCCUCGGCACUCACCUGGUCAGCGUACCUCCUUGCCAAGCAUCCAGAGAUCCAAAAGAAACUACGGGACGAGGUCACGGAGGCACUCGGGAAAGACCCCGUCUCCGGCGAGCCUUCCGCUGACCUUAUCGGUCUACUCAAGCAAAUGCCCUACCUGAACGGCAUCAUGCAUGAGACACUGCGGCUGUACCCCACCGUCCCAGUGACCAUGCGCGAGGCGCUCUGCGACACCAGCAUAGGGGAGCAGUUCAUUCCAAAGGGCACUGAGAUGGUCAUCUCCAUCUGGCAGAUCAACCGCUCGCCCGAGAUCUGGGGUCCGGAUGCGGGCACCUUCCGCCCCGAGAGAUGGAUCAACGCCGAUGACGGGAAGACGAAUCGGCACGGUGGCGCCAAGAGCAACUAUGACUUCCUGACCUUCCUGCAGGGGCCGCGGAGCUGCAUCGGCCAGGAGUUCGCAAAGGCCGAGAUGCGGUGUCUGCUCGCUGCGCUGGUGACAACCUUUUCGUGGGACCUGGCUAUGGAUGAGUCAAAAAUUGUCCCCAGGGGAGUUAUCACUAUCAAGCCCGAACACGGCAUGUACUUGAGGAUGCGGCCUCUGGAUCGUGUGGACUGA